AUGACGGGCCUUGCAUUGGCCAGCAAAAAGGUCAAGCGAGUGAUACAAGAGAGCAGCGACGAAGACGGUGACGACGACGUACCGCUUGCGUCUACUCUCGACGUCGCUUCUGCAGCUUCGACCUCGGUAGACGCGCCCAAUGAGCGCUCACAGGGCAAGACACACAAGACAGAGGACUCGGAUGAUGAUGACGACGUACCCAUGGCUUCACUGGCCAACGGACACAAGACCGACUCGUCGGCUCAGGAUGCCAACGGUAUAUCCGAUGUACCCGAUCCUGACACCAUGGCACUUGAUCCGGCAGACAGAGAAGCUGCAGUCUCGCUCGCCGGGUUCGCUGCCAACGGCAAUGCCGCACCCAUCGCCACACCAGCCAAGCCGAACCGACGCGCUUCAACCUCUGAUAGCAACGCUCAGGCCUCCUCGUCCAAACCCUCAAAGAAACGGAAAGAGAAGGAGAUGACGAGCAACGGCAAGACCAACGGUAAGACGAAUAAAAAGUCAAAGGGCAAGGCCAAAAAAGAAGAGUCGGAUGAAGAUGAGAUGCCUUCCAGUUCUGCUGCGCCUCCGCCCAAGAAAGCCCGCAAGUCAAAGAAGAAAGAAGACAGCGAGGAUGCCGACGAAAAGGCUCUCAUCGCCGCUCAAGAGGAGGAUGACGAGACUCACGAAUGGUGGCUCACUCAGGGCGAAGGUGAUGGUGAGAUCAAAUGGGAAACGCUCGAGCACAACGGCAUCCUCUUCCCGCCCGAAUAUGUCCCCCACGGCGUCAAGAUGCUGUACGAUGGUCAGCCGGUCGAUCUGCCGCCCGAAGCCGAAGAGGUCGCGGGUUUCUUCGGAGCUCUUAUCGAGAGCGAUCAUGCCGAGAAUCGUACUUUUGUUGACAAUUUCUUUGCCGACUUUCAGGAAGUCCUAAAAGACCAUCCACCGACGAAUGGCAUCGACAUCCAGGAAUUCGAUCGCUGUGAUUUCCGGCCCAUGUUUGAGCACUUUGAACGCGAGAAGGAAGCUCGCAAGUCGAUGACCAAGGACCAGAAAGCUAAAGUCAAAGCCGACAAAGAGGCCCUCGAAGAGCCGUAUAAGUUCUGUCUGCUCAACGGCCGCAAAGAAAAGGUCGGCAAUUUCAGAGUCGAACCGCCCGGAUUGUUCCGAGGACGUGGCCAGCACCCCAAGACGGGAAAGCUAAAGAAAAGGCUGCAAGCGGAGCAGAUCACGCUCAACAUUGGGAAAGAUGCAAAGGUGCCUGAGCCGCCAGCAGGACACUCGUGGGCCAAGGUAGAGCAUGACAAUACAGUCACAUGGCUUGCUACUUGGCGUGAAAACAUCAACGAUGCUUUCAAAUACGUCUUCCUUGCCGCUGGCAGUUCACUCAAAGGUCAAAGUGACCACAAAAAGUUUGAAAAGGCCCGCGAGCUCAAGAAUCACAUUGACCGUAUCCGAACGGACUAUCGUGCAGAGCUUAAAGCAAAGGAGAUGGUCAUUCGACAGAGAGCAACCUGCAUGUACCUCAUCGAUAUCUUCGCUCUUCGAGCUGGCAACGAGAAAGGCGACGACGAAGCUGAUACUGUCGGCUGCUGCUCGCUUCGCUACGAGCACAUCACCUUACAGCCGCCCAACAUCGUCAUCUUUGAUUUCUUGGGCAAAGACUCCAUUCGCUUCGUGCAAGAAGCGCGUGUUGACGAGCAGGUCUUCAAAAAUCUCGUGAUCUUCAAGAAAGAUCCCAAAACAGAUGGCGACCUGCUCUUUGAUCGCAUGAGUACUCUGACGCUCAACAAGCACCUGCGCACCUACAUGAACGGCCUAUCAGCCAAAGUCUUCCGUACUUACAACGCCUCAUCGACGUUCGAGCGCGAACUUGAGAAGACACCGGCAGACGUCAGUGUACCGGACAAGUUGCUCGCCUACAACCGUGCGAACCGACAAGUCGCCAUUCUGUGUAACCAUCAGCGCUCCGUCAGCAAGACCCACAGCGCUGCCAUGGAGAAGCUUGCGGACAAGCUGCGCGCUGUCAAGUUCCAGCGCUACAGGGCACGCGUGGCUUUGGCUAACUUGCAGUCCGAGUCUGGAUCGGCGAAGAAGAAGAAGGGCAAAGUGAAAGUCGAAGCCGUCGACAAAGUCGAGGAGAGCGAUCUCGACGACGACUGGAUGGACAAGCACGAGGUGGAAUUACUCGAGAAGGAGAAAGCGAAAGCUCGCCUGAAGUUUGAAAAGGACAACACCAAGCUCGUCGCUGAGGGCGAGAAGCCUCAGGCGGAUGCUAUACUGCAAAAGCGUCUUGAUCAUCUCGACUCUGAGCACAAGGACGCUGCGGAAGAGCGAAAGAGCGGUGUCAUCUCGAGCAGACUUACCGAAGAGAAGCUCCUGGCUAGCAUUGCCAAGCUCACCGAACGGAUCGAAGCACAGCGAAUGCAGGCUCUCGACAGAGAAGAAGGCAAAGAGGUCUCGCUGACGACUUCCAAGAUCAACUACAUCGACCCCCGUCUGUCUGUCGUCUGGGCUCGCAAGCACAAUGUUCCCAUCGAGAAGCUCUUCAGCAAGACGCUGCGCGAUAAGUUUCCUUGGGCUAUGGCCGUCGAGGAUGACUUUGUCCGUCUUCAAUGUCUUCUGAUGGGACACACGCUGACGAAGCUGGAGCCUGCAGAAAUUUUGAUCGUCGCCAUUGCCUUCCAUUGCAGCCUUGGGUUAAAGCGUGUCGCGUCGCGCCUUCGUAGUUUGGCACCUUUGGUCAGACUGACUGCUGAAUGCUCUGAAGCGUGUGAGCUAUCGCAGCUGAGAUGGCAAGCCCGACGCCGGAGAGCGCUGCACAGCGGCUGA